ACCAGUCAUCGAGUAAAGAGGACAACCGCGCACCACUGAAGCGGCCACGACCUGCGGCAUAUUAUUUUAAUGUCUACAAGCUUCGCUUGAUAUAUUAUUUCGAGGUCGUCAAUUUUGGCUGAACUAUUCUGAAGAAGAAACAGAAGGAAACCGCCCAAGAUGAAGCAUUUUUUGAGGGUGGUAUCACAGUUUCUUGUGUUCCUGUACUGUAAGUGUUUGUGGCGCGGUCUGAAGUUUGUGGUGAGGAAAUUGACGGGACGCUGUGAGCUGCAGAGGAUCUGCUACAACAACAAACCUGGCGCAUGCAGGACCCUCAAGAUCGAAUCGUCUCUACGACACUCCAAGCAUGAGCUGUUGCAGUCUGCUCUCAGUGUCCACCCGGACGCUGUGGAGAAGACCAUCGAUGACAUCAUGACCCUGAAGAAAAUCAAUCCUGACACCAACCCACAGCUGGGCAUCUCUCUCCAGGCCAGCCUGUUCCAGGUGGUGGGGUACCGGGGCUUGGUGGCUGAGGUGGAGAAGCUCCGCAGGGAGCCGUACGACAGCGAGAACCCCGACCACGAGCAGAUGCUGAUGAAGCUCUGGAGAGAACUGUGUCCGGACUCCCCCCUCACUGGGCGAGUCUCCAAGCAGUGGUGCGAGAUCGGUUUCCAGGGCAACGACCCCAAGACGGACUUCAGAGGCAUGGGUUUACUGGGCCUACAGAACCUUUUGUAUUUUGCUGAACAUGACAAGGCCACCGCUCUCCAGGUGCUGCAUGACUCCCUCCAGCCCAAACACAGUAAAAUGUCCAAAGCAGAGUGGGAAAAGAAGAAUUUAGACAAGGCUAUCGGGUUCUCGUUUGCCAUCGUGGGGAUCAACAUCACGGACCUGGCCUACUGCAUGCUGGUCAGCGGAGCCCUGAAGACUCAUCUGUACAACGUGGCUCCAGAGAUGCCCAGCCUUCUCCACUUUCAGCAGACCUUCUGUUACCUGAUGCAGGAGUUCCACCGGUUCUGGAUCGAGGAAGACCCUUGUGACAUCAUGGAGUUCAACCGCGUACGUUCCAAGUUCCACAAGAAGGUUCUGCGCCAGCUGAGGAACCCGGACAUGACACUGUGUCCUCAUUUCUCCGCCUCUGAUCUCCACCUGGUCAAUCUGUAGACAUGCAGCUCCAUCACCUCCACCUGUAGACACGCCCCUCCAUCACCUCCACCUGUAGACACGCCCCUCCAUCACCUCCACCUGUAGACACGCCCCUCCAUCACCUCCACCUGUAGACACGCCCCUCCAUCACCUCCACCUGUAGACACGCCCCUCCAUCACCUCAGAUUUAAAGUCAGCUGAUCUCUUUGAUAUCCAGCCCCCUUCCUGGCUACUCCACAUCACUGCCAGCAGCUCCCCCAACACACACACACAUACACACUCACACACACACAGACACAUAUACACACACGUACACGCACGCACGCACACAUACAGGGGCUCCUCCUCUCAUGGCAACGUUAGACCACCAGCAUUGCAGAGGACCUCAGGACUGUAGGUGUGGAGAUUCCACCACAGUCUCUCCAAGUCAUUCUGUCGCUUUAACAGUCAACAACACGAUUGUACAAAAACCCAUAGUUGCCACUGAUGUUAUCUCAAUGGGUUUUGAUAAUAUGACAUGCUUUCUUAAUGAGCCCCUCGUCAGUGCAGAGUAAUGUGAUAAAACUUCUGAAUGUUGGAUAGGGGAGCUAAGGUAGGACGCAAUGCCUCCUUUUAACCAGCAGGUGGCGGUGUGGAUGAUGCAGCACUGUCACGCUCAGAGCCGGUUAACCUAUAAAGCAGCUGUAGCCUACUAUCUGUGAAUAGGAGAUCGCGGUCUGUGUAAUGUAGGCCUACUCCAUACCCAGUUGAGGAGUACCGUUGUGUUGUGUGCACAGGGACAAUGUAUUGAGGCUUUUUAUAUGUGAAACAAGCCGAGAAGGUUGGCUUCAAUCAUCCAGUGUAUCCCUGAGCAGAAAUCCAGUUUGUCAAUCACAGCGUAAUUUGCCUAAUCAUCCAGACACUGCAUUGUAUUUCUGUUUCGGAUGCAUGAUUCACUUCGAGAGCCAAAUCGCUUUGCCAAACGUAGAAUUAAAGAGAUAACAGUGACGAGCAGAGCAACUAAUUUCUAAUGCUGAUUUCGUGAAUGUUUUUUAAAAUAUUUUCUCUUUUCACAAUGGUUUUAUUGUAUGUGUAAAUCUUUUGUUGAUUUAUUGAAUGUGACACGUGUAUCCACUGUUUUAGUAGCCAAAGCAAUCAUUUUUAUUUAUCUUAAUAUAUCCACCACACCUGUUAGUUUAAGCACCAACGGUGCCUGUUUAGGAUUCGUACUCACUGAAGGAUUUAAUCAUAUGAAGGUCUGAUGUCACAUAUGAAAAACUUCGAGCUCCGAUCGGAUGCUAGACUGUUACUGGAUUUUGAAGUUAAUUUUAAUUGAGCUAUGGGCGGAUCCAAUGCAGUAGAUAUCGAUUGACUACAUGAAGAUUGACCGAUGUGACCAACGUUAUAAUUGCAGCCCUCUUUCACGUUUCAUUUUAUGAGUUAGAAGUAAACAGGUUUUAACCUUAUAAGUGAAUGUCAGUGCUACUAUUGUCUUUGUCAACCGUUUGCUUGUUUGAAUGUGAUUCAUCUCACGCAGUUGCUGUUAGCUUUGCGUCACUGUGGACUUUGCACUACUGUAAAUACACACGGGUUCAUGUUGCUCAUAGCGCCCUGAUAGAUUGUCUUAAGUGUAUGAAAAUGAUUUCCUAGUACUGACUGAAACGUAGUUGAAUUUAGAUACAAGCUGUUGUACAUUCUGCUUUAAUAACUUCUCAGACAUACUGAGAUCAACGUGCAUGACGGUAUCCAAAGUGUGUCCGACAUCUUGCCGUUUCUUGUAUUUCAUCUUGAGAACUCUAAACAUUUCUAUAUGCUUACAUUGUGCUAUGUAACUGGUGUUUUUGAGAUCACAAUAAAAGCUAA